AGUAGCUCACAGUCAUGAUUUACCUGCUGAUCACCGCUGCUUUCAUCGCAGCUCUUUAUGUUGUUUUGGUGGAGACGCUGUUUAAGAAGUCCAAAUGUAAUGGAUCGGCUGACGUGACCGGGAAGACCGCCAUUAUUACAGGCGGCAAUACGGGUAUUGGCAAGGCCACAGCUCUGGAUCUUGCUGGCCGAGGAAUGAGAGUGAUUCUGGCCUGUAGAAACCAGAAGAAAGCCGAAGCUGCUAUAAAUGACAUUAAAAAGGCGACAGGAAGUGAUGAAGUCUUGUUUAUGGAGCUCGAUCUUGGAAGCCUCAAAUCUGUGCGAGCUUUUGCUGAGACUUUCCUCAAAUCUGAGUCCAGACUGGAUCUGCUCAUCAAUAAUGCAGGUCUUGUGGCGGAUGGUCGAACCGAGGAUGGUUUUGGCAUUGAGUUUGGCGUCAACCAUCUUGGCCAUUUCUUGCUCACAUGUCUUCUGCUGGACCGCCUAAAGGAGAGUCCUGCCGCUCGGGUCAUCACUCUGUCCUCCAUGGCUUAUCGCUGGGGCAGGAUUGAUUUCGAUUCUCUCAUCACCACCAAAGACCUGGGCUCGGGGAGAUACAGCUGGCAGUUUUUCCAGGCCUACUGCAACAGCAAACUCUGCAACGUCCUCUUCACUCACGAGCUGGCCAAGAGACUGAAAGGCACAAGCGUCACCUGCUACAGCGUUCAUCCAGGUGUUGUAAAGACUGAACUAUCCCGCAAUGUGAGUCUCUGGCAGAAAGUUUUCAUCGAGCCCGUGGCCCGAUUACUGUUCCUGGACCCCAAAACCGGAGCCCAGACCACGCUUCAUUGCGCCGUUCAGGAAGGAAUCGAGCAUUUCAGUGGCCGUUAUUUCUCAUGCUGCGCUGUGGAGGAAGUCGGCGCCAAAGCCAAAGAUGAUGCUGUGGCCAGAAAGCUUUGGCAGAUCAGCGAGCGACUGAGCGGCCUUUCCUAAAGCCAGAACAACUGAAGCAUUUCUGCUGUCUGUGACUAAUUUUACCUCUUGAGAAAAAAAAAAAAA